AUGUCGAUGUCGAACAGUCAGAGCUUCAUCGAGCCGCCCCCAAGCGAUUCCGAUUCCGAUGAGGUCAACUCACUGCCCUCCUCCUCCACCGGAUCCUCGAUCGACGAUGACGAAUAUGUGUCAGAUGCGGAGCGCGAAUGGAGGGAAUCAUUACAGCAGAUUGAGCUGUUGUUGACAAUGGUGCUUGUCCCGUAUGUGGGGAAGUACUUCGGCCGGAAAUGUGCAUACUGGGGAUGGGCGAAGUACAUGGAGUGGAAAUACCCCGUCGAGAUCGUCAUCACAAGUUCCACAGCGUUCAAGGCCGCAGGCGCGGUGGAGGCAGCUGCAUCGAUAUGA